CGUCUGUUUCUCGAAGCGGCAAUUCGGCCUCGACGACAUAAUAUUCUCCUCUACUAGGGCCCUACCGAUCGUCGUCCCGCCAUCGAGAAGGCCUUAGUCAGUCUUUCGAGGGCUUAAUGAGCUGCCCGCGAUCACGACAGACGGACCUGGAACUGCCGUAGCCUCUUAAACAACUCGCCCUUCCUUACAUCAUGUUUCAACCAUCAACCAGGCUGGUGCUUGGCCGUGGCCGACCCGCCGUGACCACAGCGCUCCGGUCCUCUAGGAGAUCAUACGCAAUAGGGAAGGCUGAUACGGUGCUUCGGGGCUUUAAGAGAGAGGUGGACGCCAUGAGCAAGGCACAACUUGAGGACAUGAGCAAGAUGCAGAAACAUGCGUUGCAGGCAGCGGCAAGGCAGUAUGCCAGCAAGAUUUUCCCAGGCACCUUCAUCCCCAUGCCGCUAUCCAAAGUACCGAAAAAACCGACGAUUUUCUUCAAGUACCAGUACACCCGCCUGAAGGCCAAGUUCUGGGACGCCGUCUCCGUCGUCACCCUCCGCUGGCGCUCCCGCCCCAGCAUAUUCGCCUUCUACUCCAAGCCCCGCGCCGGCAUGUACCGCUCCCAGGCCCUCGCGGCCGGGAAAGCCCUGCACGCGCGUCUCGGCCAAGCCCUGGCCGAAGGCGACCGCGACACCCUCCGCGAGAUCUGCAUCCCCGAACUGUACCAGGCCCUCUCCGCCGCCAUCGACAAGCGCAAGCCCUGGGAGCGCACGACCUGGAGCAUCCUGCAGAACCACGGCGCCCGCCUCGUCGCGCACCGCGUCGCCAUCCUGCCGCCGCCCUUGCCGAAGGAUCUCAUGGUCCAGCAGGCCGUCGUCGCCAUCGAUACGACGCAGUCCUUGGACCGUGUCGACUCCCGCAACGGCGAGAGCAUACCCGGUGCGGCACGCGUGCAGCGGCGAACGGAGUAUCUGGCGCUCUCGAAGGAGUGGAACAGUGACACGUACACUUCGGGCCCGUGGCAGGUUAUCGGCAACGUGAAGGAGACCACGUUGGACGCUUGGCAGAAGGAGGAGGAGAAUCUCAAGGUCAUGCAGGCGAUUCAGACGGAGAAGGCGUUGAAGAACAACAUCAAAGGGGGGAAGACGUCAUAACGCUGGCCACUGGCCUGGGAAAAUAUGAAUGCCCCUAAAGCGUUCAAAUAUCAGGCAGGGUGCAGAGUGGGAGCCAAGGGAUGAGGGAUUCGGGCGAGAAUGAAAGAACGGCUCCAAGGGGAGGCGAGCGGGUGCAUAUGUAAUGAAUGUACUGUAUAUUAUACGUGUAAGAAUGC